AUGUGCACAGACGCUGGCAACCGAAGAUUUCUCCUCAUCCCUAGCUAUAGGUAUUAUGGCAGGCUCUUCCGGCAGAGUGCAUUUCCAGGAGGUGGCCUGGGCCUAACGCCUGCUGUGCAAGGCCGCAGGUUCCUCACAUGUUCGAGACUGAUCCUAAAGCCUCCAAAGCAAUAUGUUGCCAAGAGUGGCCGACUUGGUGCCACUGCGAGACAGACCCUGCUUGGGCGCAGAGUGCGCAUGUACAGGCCUGAGAGUCAUGGCUUCAGAAGCGUGGCCCGGGCUUUGGGACUCCGUGCCUGCAGGAGCUUCUUCUUUCCUGCCAGCAGGCCAUCGAAAACGACAGCAGAUCGCCUGCUGAAGAAGGAAGUCUUGCGUUUCUUCAUGCCAUCAGCGUACACUGCUGGUCUCCUAGAUGGGUUCUGUAACAAGGGGAGUCUGCAACUCUGUAUCCACUAA